GUAUACAGUGUCACAAUGCAGCUUACUCUGCAGCCGACCGCCCAGCUCGCCGUUCGGGCGGCAGCCAGGCCCGCCAGGACGCCCCGCAGCGCCAGGCGCGCUGUGCGCGUCUAUGCUGAGAAGUCCGCCCCUGCGGCAAGCGAGGUGGAUGAGAACAUCGGCGAGUACUGCAGCCUGGACAAGGAUGGCAGGCGGCCCGACCACGAGCUCACCACCGCUGAGAAGGAGCAGCUGUUCCUCGAGGCCAUGGCGGCCUUCUAUUACGACGAGAAGCCGGUGCUGUCUGAUACUGAGUUUGACAACCUGAAGCAGGAGCUGCAGUGGGAGGGCAGCAAGGUGGUGGUGCUCACCAAGGAGGAGAAGCGGCUGCUGGAGGCCAAGCUGGCGUUCAAGAAGGGCAAGCCGAUCAUGAGCGACGAGCAGUACGAGGCCCUCAAGGCCUCGCUGGCCGGCGCCUCGGUGUUUGCGCUGCCCCGCGAGGGCCCCUCCUGCACGCUGGGCAAGCCCGACACGCCGCGCGGCCAGAAGCUGGCGCAGGCGCAGGCGGACUGGCUCAAGAUGGCCGCGCUUGCCGUGCCGCCGCCGCUCGUGAUUGCGGGCCUGCUGCUGGGCGCGGACCUGCUGACGGGCGCCAACCUGCUGCACCUGCCCGGCACCGUGGGCAUCGUUGUGUGGGGCGGCCUGGUGGUGCCCACCGUGUAUGUUCUGGCCAACGCGGUCAGCAGCUUCAUGUUCAAGGAUGCCGUGAUCCUCAAGGCCAACUGCCCCAACUGCGGCGAGCCCAACCUGUCCUCCUACUUUGGGGACAUCCUGACGGUGGCGGGCAGCCGCGACAAGAACACGGUGGUGUGCCCCUGCUGCGCCAGCAAGCUGGAGUUUGAUGCCAAGAACCGCUCGGUGCUUGUGGCCGAGGCGGCGCCCUCCUCGUGACGCGGCAACACCCCACUCCCGCCCCCUGAUAGCCGCCUGCCGCCCGGCACGGCGGCCCGGGGUGGGCUCAGCAGCUGGUUGGCUGCGGCCCCGGCGGCCCCCCGCUGACCGAGUGCACAGAGCGCCCCCGGGCGCCAUAGUGAGUGCCGCCUGUGAAACGAAUCGCCACCCCCCGGAAUAUAGCGCGGCGGGCCUGUACCUAGUACCGUAACGUGUGGAUAUAGCUUGCAACCGAGGCCGCCGCUUGUGAGCCUCGCCUCGCCUCGCCCCGGCCCCGAUUCAUAUCAUUCAAGACUGCUACUGUUUUCCCUUGGGGCCACCGCCGGGCUGCGCGGCUGUGUCGCCGCGCCAACACAUGCAUGCAAUUGGCCAACAUCCGCUGCCGUGCCAGCCGCCUGCCCACUUUACGUUGCGCACUGCAGCCUGGGAUGUAAUAGCCGCUUAUU